AUGGCAGCCUAUACUGCUGUAAUUUCUCUUCUUCAAACUCUUGAACAACCAAAUCCGCAGCUCUUUCAUGGUAAUACUACUAAAACGCUUGAUUCUCUACAUGCUACUGCUGAAUAUUUCCAAAAAGUUCUAGAAAAUUCUAACAAGAGUAGAUUUGACAAUGAAAAGUUAAAAUCUUUGGAAGAAAAAAUUAGAGUUGCGGCAAGUUAUGCAGAAGAUGUUCUUGAGAUGAAAAUUUCUCAAAUCAUCAAAGUCUCGAGGUGGACAUUUGGAAUUUUACAACACCUGGAUUUUCUAAAAGCUGUUAAAAAAAUGGAUACAACAAAGAAACAAGUGAUGGAGAUUCUUUCUCAUGAUGCUAAUCAAGUUAUUGAAUUAUCCGGGGAUUCCUUGAUAGGCACUCUUUCUUCAAGUUACCCGAUUUUGUCAAAUCAGUCAGCAGAUGAUAUUGUGCACGGACUUGAUGAUGACUUGGAGAUAAUAGUUAAAAGAUUGAUAGGACAAUCACGGGAUCUAGACGUUGUCACAAUAACAGGCAUGGGUGGCAUUGGCAAAACAACGCUAGCUAGAAAAGCUUAUGAUCAUCACCCAAUCAGGUAUCACUUUGACAUUUUUGUUUGGGUUACAAUAUCUCAAGAAUUUCGAUGUCGAAAUGUAUUGUUAGAAGCUUUACAUUGCAUUUCAAAGCAAACUGAUAUUGUGAACGCAAAAGAUUAUGAUAAGAUGGAUGACAAUGAGUUAGCUGACCUGGUGCAAAAGAACCUAAAGGGUCCAAGAUACCUUAUUGUUGUUGACGAUAUUUGGAGUACAGAUGUUUGGGAUAGUAUAAUAGGAAUAUUUCCUAAUUACAACAAUGGAAGUCGAAUCUUAUUGACUACUAGGGAAAACGAGGUAGCAAUGUAUGCAAAUACUUGUAGCCCUCAUGAGAUGAAGCUUUUGAGUUUAGAAAACGGUUGGAGGUUACUUUGUGAUAAGGAGUUUGGACCAAAACAUGAUCAUCCUCCUGAGUUAGAAGGAAUUGGAAAGGAAAUAGUAGAAAAAUGCCAAGGACUACCCUUGACAAUCUCAGUGAUUGCGGGACAUCUCUCUAAAGUGGCCAGGACAUUAGAAAGUUGGAAGGAUGUCGCCCGAACCUUAAGUGAAAUAAUUGCUAGUCAGUCAGAUAAAUGCUUAGGAGUGCUCGGUUUGAGUUACCACCACUUGCCUAGUCGCCUUAAACCUUGUCUUUCUUUCUAUGAGUAG